CAAGGUAGACUCGGGGACAAAUCGGGACCGAAAUGUUUCUAAUUUCCAGUUAAUACGCGUUGGUUUUCUCGUUAUCGCCUGUCCGGAUGUUGUUGUUAUCGGUCUUAUGUUUAGUGAGCAGUUGAACUGCGAAAAUGACGGGAAAAAACGAGGACGAGUACAAAAACCGCCUCAUCACCGCCGUGAAGAAGGAGGUGAAGCAGGUGAUGGAGGAGUCGGUGACGAGGAAGUUCGUGCACGAGGAAAGUGGCUCCGUUACUUCCCUUUGUGGAGCUGUUGAAGCUUGCCUAUCUCAAGGUUUGAGGCGUCGAGCUUUGGGGUUGUUCAAAACUUCAUCCACAACAGCCCUGUUGCACAAGAUAGCGAAGCACAGUCCCGAAGCUGCGAUCAUAUCCAAAAGAGUGCUGGAGAUUGAGUGCAAAGAUCCGGACCGCCGUUCCAGCAGCAGCAGCGAGAGCCUCACCAAACCGACGCUCAGGAAGAACAUGUCACUAAACAGCAACUCCACAUCACCCAAAUACUUGUGGAUUAGGUUGGCGUUGUUCGAGAAACAGCUGGCCAAAAUAAUCGAUUAUCUGGUGUCAAACGCCGAGAAGUACUACAACUCAGACGCCCUAGUAGCCGACCCCGACUACGGCAGCAUCCUCAGCAGUUUGCUGGUGGGACCGUGCGCCUUGGACUAUUCCAGAACCAAAACGCUAGACCACUUCUGGACCGAUCCCCCCGCCGACGAACUGGUACAAAUGAUCCGGAUCUACGGCUACCCCUCCACUCCACCCUCGGUUAGGAAAUCCAACAUAAGAAGGCCGUUGAACACCAGCUCGGAAGACUCUAUAACUUCCAGAAGUCAGACGCAGAGCCUCGCCAAGGAUUACGUGCAAAGCAUCCACCAGAAUCCCAAGGCGACCUUGUUGUUCGGCAAGAACAACGUGUUGGUACUGCCGGUUAAUUCGGAGGUCUCGGAGCCGAUGCCCGGGUAUCUGAGCCUCCACCAAAUGGCCUCGGGUCUCACCAUUAAAUGGACCCCCAAUCAGCUCAUGAACGGCUUCGGCGAAGAAGUCCAGGACAAAAAUGUGUACUGGGAUUACGCUCUGCAGGUGCGUCUGGACGAAAUCGUCUAUGUGCAUUGUCACCAGGACAACGAAACUGGAGGCACAGUCAUAUUGGUAGGACAAGACGGGGUUCAAAGACCUCCAAUACAUUUCCCCAAAGGUGGCCACAUGUUGGCGUUUUUAAGUUGCAUUGAAACAGGUUUGUUGCCCAGAGGAAGAUUGGACCCACCUCUUUGGUCGCAGAGGCAAGGCUUCAACAGCACCAAGAGGCGAAGGCCUUUGCCCGCACUUUCCGAAACUGAAGAGACGUCCAAGGAUUACGUCUUUAGAAUCAUCGACAACAGCAACCAUAAAGACAUACCUUUGAAGAAGACGAUUUUGAUGGACACCUCAGCUUUGUUGCCAACGAAAGUCAGGAUGCAACUCGGAAGCACAAGCACCAGUUCGGAAAGUUCAUCGAAAAGCUUCAGCAUGGACCAGAACGUACCGGACAGUCCCCCCAGUAUUUGCAUACAAGCUGUCUGCGACUCCAUGAAGAGGCAGAUCAUUUCCAGGGCUUUCUAUGGCUGGCUAGCUUAUUGCAGGCACUUGUCCACUGUUAGAACUCACCUGAGUGGGCUGGUCAACUGCAAAAUCAUCAACGGAGACGGCUCCCAAGAUGGUAUAACGGAGGAGAAGUGGGCGGAGAUGUACAAAGAUGGAAUUUUGAACGAUUAUGCGGAGGUCUACAGGUUGGUGUACUUCGGAGGAAUUGUGAACGACGACAUUCGCAGAGAAUUGUGGCCUUACCUACUGGGACAUUACAAAUUCGGCAGUACUGCCGAACAACGUCACGAACUUGGAGAAGAAACGAAGCAAGCCUACGAGAACACCAUGUCGGAGUGGCUGGCCGUAGAGGCAAUCGUCCGUCAAAGAGACAAGGAGAAGCAGGCCAGCGCAAUAGCGAAGCUGAGCAGCGAGAGCAUGUCCAGCGAACAAGUACCAGCCCAAAUACAAAGGGAUCUCAGCAACGACGUUUUCGAAGACAUAUCGGACGACGAGUCGAUCGACGAGCAAAGCGAGUCGACACCCGAGGCGGGCAAGAAACGUCCGCGCAAAACCAAACAGAACACCAUCAAGUACGAGAGCGACGAAGAGAACCAAGACCCGAACGCCGAACUAAUCAACGGCGAAUGCAACGAACCAGCUGAACUUGAACAGGAGGAGGAGGAGGUGAACGAGGAGCAACUCAAAGAUUUUAUUCACAAUGUUAUAGUGACGAACGCGAGUGUUGACAUGUCCAAUUUGGGCAACGAGAGUCCUAGGAGGAACAACUUGGACGCCGUCACUGAGGAGAACAACUCGUCGUUGGACACGUGCAUCGAAACGCAUGGACUAGCUUCACCUGCACGAUCAGCUUGCGUCUCACCUGCGAGCUCCAACGGAGGAGUCUAUAGUCAAGAGUUGCUGGAGACGUUCGGGCUGAACCUGCACCGCAUUGAAAAGGACGUGCAGAGGUGCGACAGGAACUACUGGUACUUCGCCGGUGAUAACUUGGAUAAGCUGCGCAACGUCAUGUGCACCUACGUCUGGGAACACUUGGAGGUCGGCUACGUGCAGGGUAUGUGCGACCUUGCUGCUCCUCUGUUGGUCAUCUUCAACGACGAGUCGCUGACCUACGCCUGUUUUUGCCACCUAAUGGAACGAAUGGUUGAGAACUUCUCCAGUGGAAACGCCAUGGACUGCCACUUUGCUAACAUGCGAAGCCUCAUUCAAAUUCUAGAUUCGGAAAUGUACGAGCUGAUGCACUCGCGCGGUGACUACACGCAUUUCUACUUCUGUUACCGUUGGUUCCUGUUGGAUUUCAAGCGGGAGUUGGUUUACCCGGACGUCUACGCCACCUGGGAGUGUAUCUGGGCGGCGCAGCACGUCUCCUCCACGCAUUUCGUGCUGUUCCUCGCCUUGGCGUUGCUGGAGACGUACCGGGACAUAAUCCUGUCCAACGGCAUGGACUUUACUGACAUCAUCAAGUUUUUUAACGAAAUGGCUGAAAGACAUGACGCACAAGCAGUUCUGAAACUAGCCAAGGAUCUGGUGCUGCAGCUGCAGCUACUGAUCGAAAACAAAUGAUGGAACAAAGUUCAAAAUUUAACCAAAGGUUUGAAACACCAAAACACCUUUUUGGUCGUUGUGGAACGUUAACAAUUGUUAGUAAAUUUAUAUUAUGAAAGGAGUAUAUCUAUAUAUCAAUUAACUUUUUAUUUUUUUUACUUGUAGAUGAACGAUACCUAUUUUUUAAUCGGUUUUAUUGCAUUAGUCAAGUUUUAAAACUAUGAAGAUUUUAUCGGUUCACGACCUUCAUUUGUGAUAAACCGUAGGAAAUAUAUCUAAAUAAAAAAUUCUAAUGAUAAAAGUUAAAUAUACCUCAGAUUGUAUUGUGGAAUAUAUUUUGUAAACGGUGCCAAAACUAUUACAAUUAUCUUAAUAUCAAUAGGUGUAACAAUGAAAAAAAAAAAAAUUAUAAAAAUAUGUAUUUUUUUAACAUUAAGAUCUGUUGUAUGUGCAGUUGAUUUAUUGUUAUUGCAGAUAUUUUAUUAAAAAUUUUAUUCAACGAAUGGUUUAUCUCGAAAAAAAAAAAUAAAUGUCUUCUAAAUAUUUAAAUAUA